AUGGAGCAGUGGCGGCAGUGCGGCCGCUGGCUCAUCGACUGCAAGGUCCUGCCGCCCGGCCACCGCGUCGUGUGGCCCUCGGCCGCGGCCUUCGACCUGGCGCAGGCGCUGCGCGACGGCGUCCUCCUGUGCCAGCUGCUGCACAACCUCGCCCCGGGCUCCGUCGACCUCAAGGACAUCAACUUCCGCCCGCAGAUGUCCCAGUUCCUGUGCUUGAAGAACAUCCGAACCUUCCUGAAGGUCUGCCACGACAAGUUCGGCUUGAGGAACAGUGAGCUCUUCGACCCCUUCGACCUUUUCGAUGUCCGGGACUUCGGGAAGGUCAUCUCUGCCGUGUCAAGACUGUCCCAGCACAACAUCGCACAGAACAAAGGGAUCAGGCCUUUUCCCUCGGAGGAGACGGCAGAGAACGACGAGGAUGUCUACCGCAGCCUGGAGGAGCUGGCAGACGAGCACGACCUGGGGGAGGACAUCUAUGACUGCGUCCCGUGCGAGGAUGAGGGUGACGACGUGUACGAGGACAUCAUCAAGGUGGAGAUGCAGCAGCCCAUGAAAAUGGGCAUGACGGAGGAUGACAAGAGGAGCUGCUGCCUGCUCGAGAUCCAGGAGACCGAGGCCAAGUACUACCGCACCCUGGAGGACAUCGAGAAGAACUACAUGGGCCCCCUGAGGUUGGUGCUGAGCCCAGCGGAAAUGGCGGCCAUCUUCAUCAACCUGGAGGAGCUCAUCAAGGUGCACCACAGCUUCCUGAGGGCCAUCGACGUGGCCAUGAUGGCGGGCGGCGGCACUCUGGCCAAGGUCUUCCUCGACUUCAAGGAAAGGCUCCUGAUCUACGGGGAGUACUGCAGCCGCAUGGAGCACGCCCAGACCACGCUGAACCAGCUCCUUGCCAGCCGGGAGGAUUUCAGACAGAAAGUCGAGGAAUGCACCCUGAAGGUCCAGGACGGCAAGUUCAAGCUGCAGGACCUGCUGGUGGUCCCCAUGCAGAGGGUGCUGAAGUACCACCUCCUCCUGAAGGAACUUCUGAGCCAUUCUGCUGACCGGCCCGAGAAGCAGCAGCUCAAAGAAGCACUGGAAGCCAUGCAGGACUUGGCGAUGUAUAUAAAUGAAGUUAAGCGGGACAAGGAGACCCUCAAGAAGAUCAGCGAGUUCCAGAGCUCCAUCGACAACCUGCAAGUAAAACUGGAGGAGUUUGGGAGGCCCAAGAUCGACGGGGAACUGAAAGUCCGGUCCAUAGUCAACCACACCAAGCAAGACAGGUACUUGUUCCUGUUUGACAAAGUGGUCAUCGUCUGCAAGAGGAGGGGCUACAGCUACGAGCUGAAGGAGAUCAUCGAGCUGCUGUUCCACAAGAUGACCGACGACCCCAUGAACAACAAGGACAUCAAGAAGUGGUCCUACGGCUUCUACCUCAUCCACCUGCAAGGGAAGCAGGGCUUCCAGCUCUUCUGCAAGACGGAGGACAUGAAGCGGAAGUGGAUGGAGCAGUUCGAGAUGGCCAUGUCGAACAUCAAGCCGGACAAAGCCAACGCCAACCACCACAGCUUCCAGAUGCACUCGUUCGACAAGACCGCCAGCUGCAAAGCCUGUCGGAUGUUCCUCAGGGGCACCUUCUACCAGGGUUACCUGUGCACCAAGUGUGGUGUCGGGGCACACAAGGAAUGUCUGGAAGUGACGCCUCCCUGCAAGAUCAGCUCUCCCGCAGACGUGGACGCCUCCGGAGCGGGACCAGGUCCCAAGAUGGUGGCCGUCCAGAAUUACCAUGGUAACCCCGCCCCCCCCGGGAAGCCGGUCCUGACCUUGCAGACGGGCGACGUGAUCGAGCUCCUGAGAGGCGACCCCGAGUCUCAGUGGUGGGAGGGUCGGCUGGUGCAGACCAGGAAGUCGGGCUACUUCCCCAGCGCGUCCGUGAAGCCCUGCCCGGCAGAUGGACGGCCGCCCAUCAGCCGGCCGCCAUCCCGGGAGAUCGACUACACGGCCUACCCGUGGUUCGCAGGCAGCAUGGAGCGGCAGCAGACGGACAACCUGCUCAAGUCCCACGCCAGCGGGACCUACCUGAUCCGGGAGCGGCCAGCCGAGGCCGAGCGCUUUGCCAUCAGCAUCAAGUUCAACGAUGAGGUGAAGCACAUCAAGGUGGUGGAGAAGGACAGCUGGAUCCACAUCACGGAGGCCAAGAAGUUUGAAAGCCUCUUGGAGUUGGUGGAGUACUACCAGUGCCACUCGCUCAAGGAGAGCUUCAAGCAGCUGGACACCACUCUCAAGUACCCCUACAAGUCCAGGGAGCGUGCAGCCUCCAGGGCCUCCAGCCGGUCCCCAGCUUCCUGUGCUUCCUACAACUUUUCUUUUCUCAGUCCUCAGGGCCUCAGCUUUGCUCCUCAGGGCUCCUCCGCUCCCUUCUGGUCAGCAGUGUUCACGCCCCGCGUCAUCGGCACGGCCGUGGCCAGGUACAACUUUGCCGCCCGGGACAUGCGGGAGCUCUCACUGCGGGAGGGGGACGUGGUGAGGAUCUACAGCCGCAUCGGCGGGGACCAGGGCUGGUGGAAGGGCGAGACGAACGGACGGAUCGGCUGGUUUCCUUCCACGUAUGUAGAAGAGGAGGGCGUCCAGUGACCGCGUGGACUGGCCCUGGCUCACUCCCGCCCUGGAGCCUGUGCUCCACACCUCAGAGGGACAUGCCCGCCAGCCUCAUCGCGGCAGCCGUGGGGGUGGAAGGGCGUUCAGAACCCUGCGGCUCGCCCCCGUAGCCCGUCCCGGGCCUGUCCUGGGCACGCUGCUUGUACAUAGAGGGACGCUCAGCCAGCCCGGCCGCCGGUCCAAGCCAGGCCCUGGGUGGGGCUGAGGCAGGAGCUCACUGCCCUUGGAGCCUCACCUGACGGCAGAUGCCGUCCCGGGGAGGGCUGGGAAGCAGCGGGGCCGCCCCUGCCUUUUCUGCUCAGCUCUGGACUCUCAGCUACCCGCUUCCUGCUGCUCCCGGGGGAGGCCGUCCGUGCCCUCCGCUGCCUGGCCGAGCUCGGCCAGCGCAGAGGGGAGCGUUGCCAGGUCCUGCCAGGCCCCUCGGCUCCCUCCAGCCCCCACAUGGGGCUGUGCAGCCACCCAGGGCAGGGCCGCUCCCUUGGGAGCCUUAGGAACCAUGAAGCUGCCGCCCUGCCCGUCGAUGGUACUGUCUUUGCCCUGUGUCCAGAGCGUGUCUGUCCUGCCUGCUGCAGUCAAUGCAUCGUGUCUACGCCCUGAUCCCAGUGGGUGGGAGGAAAACAGGGCUCCCCUCACUGGAUCCCUGCUGCUCACACCGUCUCCUGAGGAGGCCCCGGUGCUGCACCCAGGUGGCGCCCCGGGUCUCCUGUGUCCUGGGGGCCCCUGCGGGGUCUCCGAGACCACCUUUGCACAGAAGGUCGGUGCCAGGUCUCCGUCCGUGGCUCUUGCAGCCAGCUGGAAACAAGAGUUCUUGAGGGAGCCCUCCGCCCCCCGGGGGCCCUCCGGCCUUGCCUCUGCCUGCCGUGGCCAGUCCUGCCUCGGCCCGACGCGGCAUGAGAGCCGGUGGCGCCGUCUCCCUCCAAGCUCGUGCCAAAGCUACUGCUGACACGGGGGCUUCUUGCGCCCUCGCCCGGGCAGCCCUGUGCAGGAGGUGGCCGGGGGCCUCAGAGGUCCGCGUUUCGCUUCCAUGCUCGCUCGUGCUCCUGGCGUCCGGCCAGGGAGGACCUUGUUGGGGGCCCAGGAGGCUGGAGAAGUGAGGCUGGGCAGGGCCACGUUUGGGGGCGGUGGGCCACGGGGGAGUGCAGGGGUGUCUGGAGAGAGCCCGGAGCCCCGCUUGGAGGGAGACCCCGCCCUGCCGUCCGCCUGGUUUUGUUUCUGUUCUUGUUGGGGGUUUUGUCUUGGGUUUGGCGUGUUUGCUUUUUCGGGGGAGAAAAGCGCGUCGUCGCUUCACCCCAAGCUCCCGCUGCCUGUGCACAAGGAGGGCGAGGCUCGUGCCGGCCAAGCAGGGUGCGCAGCGGGGGCCUCGCGGGGCGAGCGCCGGCGCUACGGGGACAGGCAGGGACGCGGCCCGGGUUGUGAAUGUUAUGCUUUCCUUCUGUUUGUUUUGAAACUCCCAUUCGGUUGGGUUUGUUUGCACUGCACGAGCAGGAGGGAGGAGCUGGGUGGGGGUGGUUCGCAGGAGGCGGGGCGCCCACUGGGCGGGCUUCGGCCCCGGGCGAGAUUAGCUGUGAACACUUGGGAGCCGCCGCAUGCGAGUCGGGGGAUCCGAGGGUCCCGCCGCGGUGGCGACCCCAGUGGGACACAAACUGUACAUUUGCCAAUGGGUUUUUCAGACCAUGGUUUCUACUGCAAAUAAACCUGAGUUCUUUUCUGCAGGAGUCUCUGGCCCUUCCUGCCGGGGAGGCGCGGGCAGGAGGGGAGCGGAGUCCUGUCUGUGAAGCACAGUCCACCCCACCGGGAAGGCUGGCGGGCCGGGGGUGGUGGGC